CGGCAUAUCCUGGUGUGUAAUUCAGAGGCCAUGUGUAUUUUGCUGUAUGAUAAAGAUGUGCAAUUUUAAUAAAUGUAAUUUGAAAGGUUUACUCUUGUGUCGUUUUGUCAGGAUUGGGUUUUCACUCUCUAUAUUCAGUAAGCAGGGUUUUCACAGCCAGCGUUUUAAAACAGGAUGUGGGAGAUAAUGUGUUCUACUUCCUGUACUGCUGCGAAACACAGGAAAUUAGAGAUCGCCCUGCUGCAGUUCCGCUUACUGCCACCAGAUGGAGCCACUGUAUCAGUUCAACGCGCUUGAGUUUAUUUUGAAGGGAUUUUGAGUCAGCGUCACCUCUUUGGCUCUGCAGGAAGUGUCAGGUCAUAUAUAGAUUUUUAAAUGCUGGAUACCCCAAUCUUGCACGUUUACUAAAAGGUUCUACUGUGUUUUUGAAAUAUUUAUAGUUAUUUGUUAAAAGUAUAUAGUCCCACGAACUGUUAUUUUAUUGGGUUUAUGUUGAUAUGUUUUAUAUUUAGCUGUUUUAUGUAGCUUAAAGGUGCUGUGCAUUUACUUUCUACAGUGUAGAGGUGUGGUCAGGUUAGUUUAUUUAUUUAUUUUUUUUAAAUCACUAUUGUUACUGUAUUGAUGUAUGAAGCACAUUUUAUACAAAAGUGACUUUCAAACCAACCAGCUUUUUGUUGGUCAGCAGUGAACAGCUUAAUGGUUUACUCCACCCCAAAAUUAUUUUUUUGUUAUUAAUCACUUCCAAACCUGUAAAAGAUUCUUUCGUCUUCGGAAAACAAUUUAAGAUAUUUUGGAUAAAAACCUGUAGGCUUGAGACUGCCAAAAUAAAUAACAGUGUCAAGGUCCAAAAAAGUAUGAAAAGCAUCAUCAGAAGAGUCCAUCUGCCAUCAGUGAUUCAACCGUAACGUUAUGCAGUGAACGAGAAUACAAUUUGUAUGUGAAGAAACAAAAAUAGGGGGCGAUGAAUUGUUGAAUAAAGUUGUUAUUAUUAUUUUCUUUGUAUACAAAAAGUAUACUAGUUGCUUCAUGAAAUUCUGUUUGAACCACUGAUGACAAUGUCUUUCAUCCUUUUCUGGGCCUUGACAGUGUUAUUUACUUGACAGUCUAUAGGACAGUCGCACGCCUCCCAGUUUUCAAGUAAAACAUUUCACCCAUUCAGAUUUUGCACUGCAUUCAAAUUUGUAAAAAUGUUAACAUGCAUAUUCACAAAAUUUCCCCAUAAAUUUUAGCUGACUGGUUUAUAAUUGACAAUUGAGUAAGCAAUGUUUCUCUAUUGAUUAAAGGCCUUCUUGACUCAUCCACACGAAGCCUUUUCCGAUCUUUUUUUCUUUGUUCUAAAAAGGCAAUGAUGUCUUUUUCAGUUUUAUCCACUCCAAGCCUGGUUUAAAAAAAUAGUGAUGUCAGAUGCGUCCAGACGCAGAUACAAUAAAGAUGUUAAUGCAUACGGCUAAAUGCGUCUCCAUGUGUAUGGGCUCUUUAGCCUGCAAAAUAGAGCAAAACUGUUGUUAAUGUGACCAGGACUUAAAGCGAUAUUUCCCACAAAAUUGAAAAUCCUGUCAUUAAUUACUCACCUUCAUGUAAUUCCAAAUUAAGCAUUAGAGAGCUUUCUGAACUAUCUGAUCCAAAAGUGUAGUAAGAACAUAAUUAGUCCAUGUGACAUCUGUGGUUCAACUGUAAUUUAAUAAGUUACGAGAAUACUUUUUGCGUGCAAAAAAAACAAAAAUGAGACUUUAUUUGACAAUUCUUCUCUUCCUGCAUCACUCUCCUCUGCCAUCAUCGAGAGUAGUGACGCAUUCCUCUGCUCUUAAACAAGGUGCAGCGCAUGUGUGUUCUACAUACAGGAACCAAGGUCUACGAGUUUGGAAAGAAAUUAGGGUUUGUAAUGACAGAAUUUUCAUUUUGGGGUGAACUAUCCCUCUGGGUGUGUAAGGGGAUGUUUGUAUUGCACUGCAGUAUUUUUUUAAUAUUUUUGUUUUCUAUGAAAACAUGCACUAGAUGGAUUUGUUUGGCCAUAGCACUUGUUGUUUUUGCAGUGUUUUGUGCAUGAUGCAGCAUUAUUAAAGCGUGAUGCUAAAGUUAGUUUCUAGUUUAAAGCUUUUCUCGUUUUCAGUGCUCUACUUUUCCAAGUGUUUUUCAAUGAAAAUGUUAAAAGGAUGUUUUUGACCACUGCAUCUCGUGCGGCACUCAAUGUUUGACUUGUUAAAAUGUAUAAAUGCAUCUCAAGACCUUUUUUUAAAAAAAAAACUGCUACAAAACUCUGCACAGUGAUCCUGAAGCACUGAAAUGGGGUUAAACAGUGUUCUAAGUUGUUGAAAGCUUGUUAUCGGUGGUUGUUAGGGUGUUGCUAGAUGGUCAAAACAGCCUUUAAGUCUUGAAUUUUGACAGUUCUAUGGCCGUAUUACAGAAACCUGUUACGAUUAUCAAAGGAUGGUAAUCAGUGAGAUAUAUUUUUGCAGGUGCCUAUUUCAAUGCAAAUCUACAAAAUGUUCACGUUUUUCAUCUGCUAGGUAAAAUUGCAUGUCUAAUUGCUUAGAAAAAUACCAGCAUAACUCUCCUGAAAUACGUGCACAAUUUUAGUUAAAAUUAAUCUCUGAAGCACAACUGGCAUGGGACGAGUAAAGUUUCUAAACAAAUCUCUUAAAAAUAAAUUGCUUAUGAAAGAGAGACCAAUAAUUCAUUAUUGACUAAUUUCAUUGACAGUUAUUCAUUGACUAAUAGAUAUUUUUGAAAUAGUAUGUGGAUGGGGGGCUGGAGAUGUUAGUCAUUGAAAAACAGGAAGCUCUGACAACAUGGUGCCCAAAACCACGGGUAACUCAGAGGAGUGAAAAACAGAGAGAGCAGAAGAAAUAGGGAAAGUAUCUCAUGGGGGAAUGAGUCUACUGCAUUUCUAUGUUCGAGAAGCAGGCUGAUGGCAUUCCUCAGCGUCUGAGAAAACCGGACGUUUGCUCCAUUUCUUUCUCCCUUUUUUUUUCCCUCCUCUCCCUCGGUCUCUUUGCCGUCGUCUUUCAAGUGGGUUUUAUCCCCUCCUGUGGAGCGGGUCAUGUGUCUGGCUGCCAGAGAGAACCAUGUGACGUUAAUCCAACGUCCUCAUCCACCCCCCUCUUCCCACUCACCACCACACAAUCCCCCCCAGCUGAGAGAGGAGGGGGGCUGAGGUCUCAAAGUUAUCUGGGAAUUAUGUGGCCGCAAGGAUAGGCAAGUGUUUGUUUAUUUAUUGGCCCAUUUUAAUGAUCUAUCAUGUGGCUUCGUUUGGAGACGAUCUGUUAUCUGUCACAUAGCAGGGACGUCUUGUCACGCUCCAGUGAUAUACCAGCUCAAUACUACAGGAACGUCCUCCAUGCAGGGUGAACUCAGGGUAUGAUGCAACUCAAGAUCCAAAGAAUCUGCAGGACCUUCAAGAUUUUUCUGAAGAACGCUGCUCAGUUUAACUGUUCAGAACAAACAAGGGACUCAUGCACAACCAUCACAAAACAGAAAGACAGUCGAGGAUCAUCAGCCAAUGCACGCUCGCCCGCCUGCGACUGGGAAGAAGCCCGAAACGGAGGAAAAUUUCUGCCGCCCUGGCGGUGUCACUUCCCCACACUUCAGCUGGCCGCCUGCCAGACACACAGGACGCUCACAAGAGGUGGAGUGGACUCCAAGCGACCAGGAGGAGCGUCUGCGAGCGACUGGACGGACGGACAAAUGGACCCACAGCACGACGGCUCCUCGGUCACAGAGGAGUCACCAAACACGGAGAAACACGACGACUUUGGAUUCUCAGGCCUUAGUGAACGGAUCCGUGAGAUGUUCUUGAGACUUGACUAGUGUGGACCGCCGCUUCAGUGGUCUGACUUUCCAGCUGUGUACGCGUCAAUCUCAUCUUGGCUUCGGUCUUUGUAGGAACUUUGCAACUCUAUCUCUGGUUCAUUGUCAGCUCCCUGAUCUCCCUCUCCCUCCCCCUCACGCCGUGGCCCAUGUCUGCCAGCGGAGGGUCCAUGGAGGGAAGUCGAGCAAUAGAGGAAGAGGAGGCGCAGGACAGCUGCUGCGGGGACGAAGACUCAUCCCCGGUGGUGGAAAGGAGAAACCGCAGCGGCAUCAUCAGCGCUCCACUCAGCAAAAGCCUGAAGCGAUCACGAGCUCUUUCGCAGUACAUUGCAACCUGCUCAGCUGCUGCUGUGGCCAGUGUCGCAAAUGCUAACAGACUUGCCCAGAGCUCUAUGGUGGCACCGGGAGUCAAAGCUCACCCUACUGCCAGCCAGCACAGGUCACAAAUCGGGUAUGCCAAACUGGACCGGGGUGCGUUAGUCUCCGGCCUUCUGGACUCUCCGAGCGGCCUGCAUCUUGCCCAGGCCGCUGAGCUCCUGCGACGGGCGGGGAUGCUGCUUCCUGUCAGUGACCCAUCCAGUGUCAGUGUGGGCGGGGACAUGGAGACUGUCUCGGCUUCUGAUUCGCUGGGCAGUGUGAUGGACUUCCCGUUGCUUGGCAAUGGCGGAGUGGGUGUGAGUUUUCCAUAUCACCCAGGGCUGUUCAUAAUGACGCCAGCAGGAGUGUUCCUCGCCGAUGGGGCACUCUCUCACAUGACAGGCGCGUCGGAACACCAGCAGACACAGAGCGAGAUUUCCUCGGCCAUCAGUGCCAACGGGAAGAAAAAGCGGAAGCGAUGCGGCCUGUGUCCACCCUGCCGACGCAGGAUUAACUGCGAACAAUGCAGCAGUUGCCGCAACCGCAAAACCGGCCAUCAGAUCUGCAAGUUCCGCAAGUGCGAAGAGCUCAAAAAGAAACCUGCUGGUGGGCUGGAGAAGGUGAUGCUGCCAACCGGAGCUCCUUUCCGAUGGUUUCCGUAGGGCAGCUGGACCCUCCUCCCAUGACUUCCAUCCCAUAAUGAAGGACUCCCAAUGGACAGCGACGCCACUCCCACUAGGAAAGCUGUGGCACUUGUAAACACUGGGUGCAAACAAACAAAUAAAACAAAUGAAGAGUGGAAUGAAAGCACUAUUUGAGAAUGAACAUGUCCUGAACCAAAAAUAAACAGUGAAUGGCAGAAUGUCAUUCCAUUUUUCUUUUUUCCUGUGUUCCAUUUUGGAACCAUCUGAGUUCUACUUCGGAAUCUUGCCCUUUAUUGGAUGCUCUGGAACUAUUAACCGCCAAAUGGAAAACGGACAAUCAUUUUUAUUUGUGUGUUUAGUGGUUUUGUUUGUCCAUGUGUGGAGAAAUGCCGUAAUUUUGUUUAGAGAAUGUAAUCCCAAGGCUCUGUUUUUAAGCUUGUGAUAAUUAAGGAGCACUAUUGUAAUUUAGCACAGUGGUUCUUACCGACUGCCUCAAUGUUACGAUUGCCUUUUUAUGUUGGGGUUGGGGGGGGUUGUUUUUUUUUUUUCAUUCAAGUUUUCAAGUUGCUCAAUAUUUGAUACAAAGAUAAACAUUAAAAACACUCUAAUGUAGCAUCCCUUACUACAGACAUGCCUGAAAGGUCCUUUUGGGUUUGAUGUUCUGUUUAUUUGUUUUAAAUGCUGUAGGCCUGCUGAUAUUGGAUGGAAGGCGAAGCUGAUGGAACUGCACUAUGUAGACCAGCUAUGCGUAAGACCUGCCUCUUUUUUCUUGUAGCCUCUUGGAAUUGGUCAGAUGGGAGACAGCAGACCAGGACCUCCAAAAUUCAGGAAAUUAUUGAUGUUUAAUGAUAAUAUUUCUACGAUUAGAAUGUUUAAUUGCUGAAUUGCCCUAAGACCUGAUCUCCAGUGCUCCUUUAAGUCCUUUUCACAUGGUUUGCAUCAUUGAACAUGUACAAUUGUUGUUCUAUGAUGCUUAAAAUUUAUACUGUUUCAACUUAAACUCCAUUUGUCAUUGAGUUUUCAUAAUAUAGACAAGGAUUACCAGACAAAACCCCAUUGUGACACCUUGAGCUGUUUGACACAACAUCUGUCUAAAGCAUUAUGAGGAAACUUUCAUAAACUCUUGUUCGACAAGUGAUUUCCUUUCUGUUUGAAGCCUACAAACAUGUUAGCACUUUCAUUUUCAUUGUGAAUGGUUCUCUGGUUUCUUUCUGCCCAGCAACCAUGUAAAUUCACCCUUCUGUAAGCUAUCUGUAACGCUUUGCACAUGAGCGUCAAAGCGCGAGAUGCUUUUGUUGAGACACGCAUUGACGCUAUUCAUGUGAAAGGGGCUUAAGGGCAUCCACGUAACAUGGACACCAAGAUGUAUAAGUGAUUUUUUUUUUUUUUUAAAUGUAGUUGUCGUUUUGGUGUUUUUUCCCUUCUUCUUCAUGCUUGAAUCCUACUGAACAGGUUCGCCCCAAUACUGAUCUAGAUUGAGUGAAAUGCACAAUACCAAAAUGAUUUCAAGUCAAAAUCCAACAGCACGCCGUUCCCAUGCCAUAUGGGGCCAAAAUUAAUGGUCUGCGUAAAUGAAUGCAUGUAUAUGUGUCCAAAGCCAACCAUUCUGAGGUCUUGGCAGUUCUCAAUUUAAUAAAAAGGUGCAAACCAAACA